GGUGCCAGCAUUGCCGGAACGAAAAUAAUAAAUUAAUAAAAAACAAUUCACAACGAAUAAAAACAAAUUAAUACAAGUUGUGCAUAACAAUUGUAUAACGCAACGUACACAAAUUGUAUAAAAUACAUGAAAUCUAUAGUAAAAAACAAAAACUGUGCAUUCUCCGCCUCAACCGCCAGCUUAAUUUUUUUGCAAACAACUUUUGUCAAAAUUCACCGGAUAUAUAGAAUUUAUUUUAACAUUUCCGAUUUCAAAUAGUGUAGGCGCCUUCGUUGAUGUGUUGAAGCGAUAAAAGCGUCUUUGAAUUUCGCCACAGACCAAUUGUAUGUUAUUCGAUUUUGCAAAAUAGAUCAAAACUAUAGUGAAGACCGGAGUGUAAAAAGGCAACGCGAUUAGACGGUGAGCGAAAGAGAGAGAACGAUACAGUGUGAGUGCGUGGUUGUGUGUGUGUGCAAAGAGAGCGGCAAACGAUUGCGAUUCGAUUGGCAAAAAAAAAACGACUACAACGAAAGCGAUAUAUCGCGACAUCGACACCGAUUUUCUUCCCCUCCCCAAACAGAACAGCGCCGUCUGUUUUAGUUUUAAUUUAUAUUACAGUGAUAAAAAGCAAACGAAAUUAAUAGAUUUGUGCAGCGCAAUUACGCCAAUAAGCGACGGCCGUUAAAAUGUUAAUAAACCUGAAGGUGAAAACUUUAGAUGCGCGCACACACGAAUUCAGCAUCGACAAUGAGAUAACCAUACGACAGUUCAAGGAUCAGAUAGCGGAAAAGACAAAUAUUGCCGCGGAAAAUCAACGCAUCAUUUACCAGGGACGCGUGUUGGCAGAUGAUAAGCAGGUGAAAGAAUACGAUGUUGAUGGCAAGGUGCUGCAUGUGGCCGAGCGACCGCCGUUUUCGCAACGCGGCGCCAAUGCCACCAACAACGAUGAACCGCAACGCAGCGGCUUUCGCAAUUUAUCCGGUCGACCGGCGCCACGUAAUAUGCGCAAUUCACCGUAUUUUCGAGCACUCGACGGCAUGCUCGUGGGCACUAUGGCCAUACCCGUCAACAAUGGCGCCUUGAACACCGCGGGCACACGUACGCCACCCAAUCGCUUUCCCAACUCAUCGUCGUUUUGCAUUAAUCGCAUCACCGUGGCGCUUCACAUGAUCGACUGUGCCAACAAUAUUGCCGCCUAUCUGGAAAAUCCCGAAGUGGGUCUCAAUAAUCAAUCGUUGGAUAUCUUACAACGCGGUCGCUGGACCAUGGAAUCCACUGUGGUCGAGGUGGGCGUCUCAUCCACCGAUAAUCCACGCAACAACAAUAUCAUCGACAUGGUGCAGGAUGCUGUCAAUGCAGCACUGUCACGAAACACACCUGGACGCAACUACACAGUUGUCCAGCUGCCCACCGUCUAUACGAAUGAGGCAGGCGGCGAUCCGCAGCAGGCGGCAAAUGAUGCUGCUGCAGGCGGCGCUGGCAGCGAUGUUGGUGAGGAGCCCACAGCAGCAGCUGCUGUGAUCAUAGAGGACGUGAUUGUGUCGGAUGACGAGGCAGCCGAUGAUAUUAUGCCCAUUCUGGGAGAUGAUGAUGAAGAAGGUGCCGCAGCGGCUGCAACGCAAGCAACUGGCGCUGGUGCAUCAACAGCAGCAACUGGCGAUGCUGCCAAUGCGGCUGGCUAUGAUGCCAACGGCGCCAAUGGCUCGAAUGUGGCUGUCACUGGCAUUGGACCGCGUCGUCGCACACGUCCCCAGGUGCUGGCGAAUGUGAUACAACGAUAUCGCACGGUGCAAACGCGUUUGGCGCCCUUUGUCGAUCGCUACUACGAGAUACUCGAACAGGAUCCCGCAUUUGAGGAGGCGGAAGGCGGCGAGGAGGCAGGCCAGGGCGAGAAUGUGGCACGCGACAAUGCACAGCGGAUCUUUGAUCGCGUCUCGGAGGCAUUCCAUUAUCUCUCGCAUGCCCAGCAUGCCAUCUCCGAUCUGAUGUUGGAUCUGUCGCAGCCUGGACCCCGGGUGCUCACCUGUCGUCCCAUUCUCGUCGAGCAGAGUGGCUACAUACGCUCGAACAAUAUGUUUGCGGCCAAUCUGCCGGACAUGGCUUCACCACAUACGCAUCCACAUCCCCAUCAGCAUCCGCAUGCUGCGACAGCAACUGGCUCUGUGGUCGCCAUUCCCAUCAAUUCGCCACCGAAUGUCGCAAAUGCAACGGCGGAUGCCCUGAGGAAUGCUGCACAGGAUGCUUUGUCUGCCGCCGCUGCUGCUGGUGGACAGGCGAAUGCUGCUGGUGGUUUCUGGGAAUUGAGUCCCAACUUUGUCGAGGAUCCCGUGGAUCCACCGAAUCAGCAACCAUCGCCCUCCGAUUUGGAUCCUUGGCGGCGCAUGGUGGGUCUGCUCAACAUGGCAGUAGGUGGACAUGCACAGGCAGCAGCUGGAACUGAUGGAGCGGCUGGAACAGGAACAGGCGAUGCAGCUACCACCCAGUCUGGUGCAGCAAAUGCGGCAGCCGGAGCUGGCGGGGCAGGCGGAGGCGCCGCAGCGACACUUGUGCCCAACAUCAUCUCCAUCAAUUUGCCUGUGCAUCUGAUGGCCACCGCAAUGCAUCCACAGGGACGCCAAGCACCUGCUGCUGAUGCUGGAGGCAAUGCGACAGCUGCAACAGCAACGGCAGCAUCUGCAACGGCAGCGGCAACGGGAACAAGUGAAGCAACUGGCGUCGCGGCAUCCACAUCGGGUGGCACACGCAGCGGAGGCGAACAGCGGGCCAACACUUUGCCCACAACGGCGACACAGACAAGGUCGACAGCUCGGCCGCAGAUACAGAUUGGUGGCAACAACAAUUGGGCUGGCAGAAUUGCCCCCACGCACACCGCCUUCGAUCGCUUCUUGCCCUGCAACAGUCAUCACAUUCGCGAGCCUGCUCCCUUGCCCCAGAACAACAACAACAACACGAGCAACAACAACAGCAACGCAAAUACGAAUGCCAACAGCGCCAGAAGCAAUCGCAGAGCCGGCGACAUCGAUGCGGCUUCCAUUGUCAUCUCACGCUUGCCACGUGGCCAGAGCGGCGGCACCUUGGAUGUGUCGCGUGCGGCGCGACGUCGUGCCAGCAACAGCAGCAGCAGUAGCAACCGAGCUCGGAGCUUGCCGAGAUUGAUGGCAAGCGGCGGUGUUGGUGGUUUUGGUGGUGGUGCUCGUGCUUUCGAGAGGAAUGUUCCUGCUGCUGGUGCGAAUACAAAUACAAAUGCGAAUGCGAAUGCGAGUAAUCCACCUCGGUACAGUAGACGGGCUAGAUUGAUAGAAGCUUUGUCCAUGUUUGACAAUAUGUUGGUAACUAAUUUGACAAAUCGUGCGCAUGCAGCUUUGGGUGGCAUCGCUGACGUGGCCGUCACCGUCACAGCCAGUGUCCCUGGUGCCAAUGCCAGCUCCACCUCUUCCCCCUCCUCCUCCUCCUCAUCCUCAGCCUCCUCCUCAUCCACAGGAGCCACAACAGCCGCCGGAGCAGACGCUGCUGCUGCCUCCGCCUCUGCCUCCAGCUCCAGUUCCGCAACCCAACCAACAACAGGAGCAACCACAAUCAAUGCGAGCAAUCUGCGUGCUCAGCUCCGCCGGUUCCUUCAUCACAGCGUCUUCGAGGAAUUGCCCAUCAAUGAGGAGACGAUGUCCACGGCUCUGGAUCGUGCCCUCGAGUGGUUCAACGACAGUUUGCUGUAUCUGCCGCAGUACGAACGACCGGAGUACAACUCCCGUGAUUCUGUGUGCAACACGUUGCGUCAGAGCCUGCGUCUGGCCAUCGAGCUAUGCAGCACCAACUGCGAAGCGGAUGCACAGUUCGAGCAGCGUCUCACACAGAUUCGUGAACAGUUCCGCAAGCGGCUCUACAGCGUGCUUAUCCUGUGCCUGGGCAGCGCCAAUGCCGAGCUCUAUUGGCGUCAGCUGAUGCGGCUGCUCUUCGUGCCGCUGCGAUCGAAUUUGCGCAAUGAAGCCUUGCAGUUCCUGUGCAGUGUGAUUGAUCCCGAGAUUCCAACGCACACGGACACCGCGGAUGCCCAACAGUUCCUGGUGCUGCGCAAUGCGCAGUCCACAACACCAGCCGAUGCAGCUCAACCAUUCGUUGCACCUCCACCGCUUGCCUUUCCCGCACAGCAGCAGCAGCAAUCGCAGUCACAGACGGCGCUCGAUAACGAUGUGGAGAUGGCCGACGUGGCCAGCAGCAGCAACAGCAGCAGUGCCACCGAACUGGACAAACCGCUGCCCGAUGUCACCGUCGGCUCACAGCCCUGGCACAAUAAUUUCCCCAAUGAUUGGUUGCCCGUGAUCACGCGUGACCUGCAAACCCAAACGGAGCAGAAUCACCCGCAACCGCCUUACUCCGAUGCCUACAUAUCUGGGAUGUCAGCCAAGCGACGCAAAAUCAUUCAGACCGAGAAGCCAUCGUCGAGCGUCGAAUGCCUAAUUGCCAGCGGUGUGCAACGUGCCAUUCAAAGCACCGGAUUGUCGGCACCCAAUGGACCAGGUGGCGGUGGAGUGCCUGUCGUUAAUCCCGAUCUUGUGAUUGGCGCAAUUGCGCAUGAUGCUGCUGUCCAGGCCGCGUACACGGAUGCGGUGCGAACGAAUGCCCGCGAAAGGAUCAAGCAGGACAACGAUUAUAAGCCAAGCAAAUAUCCGCAGAUCGCCAAGUUCACAGAGCAAAAGUAGGCGAGAGUUGUGUAGAGAUCUAGUAGUGCUUAGUGCUUAAUGUAAAUUUUUACUUUAAUGAAAUAUUGUAUUUAAUUUAGUUAAUGGAUAAGUUCUGUUUUUCAAAUCGACGCUCACUGAAGGAGGCGACGAUUUUCAUUUUGUGGAAGAUGUUAAUGAGAGAUGAGAUGGUCACAAGAAAAGUGCUUGGCAGUGCAUGCUUCAUAAUACAUAAUAAUAAUUAUAUACAACAGAUUGAUACACACCCCACAAACACACACUUACUAUAUAUAUAAACAAUAAUUAUUAACUGCAAAACAAAAAAACUACACGAAAUUGAAGGUAAAAUAUUUUGAGGACAAAACUGCAUCAAAAAGAAACCCCAAAUAAAAGUACAUAAACACACAGAAUACUAUAAAA